AUGAAGGCGUACCGAGCCAAGAAUGGAGAGGGCCGCUUUACGGAUGGUGACAUCUACCGUUUGUUGGGCCCUGACGCGUCGGAAAUCCCAUUGGCAGUUGCCUUGGAAUCGCUGAAACAAAUUCCGGAUCUGAAGAGUCUUGCUGAAGGCGUGCAGUUUUAUCAGUUCAAGCAAUGGUUCAAAGAGAAAGUACUAACCCCCACCGUUGUCGAGGAGCUGCUGAAGAGGUCCGGGGUGGUAACGGAGCACGGCGCAACGGAAGCAAUUGUAAGGCAGUACACGAAUUAUUGGCAGGCGUGGCAGAAGAUGGCGACAAGAAGCGUUCCCUAG